GGCUGCUUUCGGGGGGCCGCUCAGAGAGGCAGGGGGUGGUGAGGGCACGGUCCCCGGCAGGGCAGGCGGGCGUCUGAGGCCGGCUCUCCCGGGGGCAGGUUCUGCGACGAUGUGGCCUGGAUGACCGGGAGGCGGCCCGGCCUCUACUGGCAGGUGACGUGGAAGGCCGCCAGCCCCCUGCUGCUGCUCGCCAUCUUCGUGGCCUACCUCGGGGUGCUGGCCCAGAAGCCGCUGAGCUACAGGGCCUGGGAUCCCCACUCCGUGCAGUUCCCGGCCCGGCAGGAGCGGCUCUACCCUGGCUGGGUGCAGGCGGCCUGCGCGCUCCUCACCUUCCUGCCCACCCUGUGGUUGCCUGCUGUGGCGCUGGCCCAGCUGCUCGCCCGGCGGAGACGGAGGCGGCAGGACCGCGGAGCCCGCUGAGGGGCUGUUGGCAGUGGGGAGACCCGGCCUGGGUGCUCCAGGGCACCAGCCCCCAUUACACGCUUGGUGGGGCCCCUGGACUCGCGGGGCUGCUGCUCCCGACGCCCUCGCACCCCCAGCCCCUUGCAGCCCCCAGCCUCUCGCACCCCUCCCCAGCCCCAAUUCCCUGCAGUGACAGCCCCACGGCCUCUCUCCCCGGUGCUCUCCAGGCAGGGGAAGCGGCUGGCUCAGGGCCGCUGUGCACCCACCUCCGGGUGCCCUGGCGCCUGUGCAGGGUGUGACCGGGACAGCCGUCCACUGGUGACAGCCAAACCUGCCAAUUCAGGCAGCCUGGGGCAAGUCUCUGGGUGACCCCAACUGCCAAGCAGGCCCAGGCCCAGACUCCCGGGCACAGGGAGGGGGCAUCAGGGCCCAGAGUCUGGGGCCCGGCGUGGAGGGCACGGGGUCCAGGGCAGGCCCAUCCGUACCCUUCUCAGAGGGGGGCAUUGAUGGCACGUGAGCCACAGGCAUCGAGCCCCAAGGCUGCUCUGCACGGAGGCUCCUGCCCCUGCCGAGCUCGGGGGGGAUGCCCCGGUGCAGGGAGCCCCUGCCCUUACCCGAAAGCCCCUGGGGGUGCGUACCUGAGGGGUCCGUGCUGGCUGUAGGGACGCUGGGCCUGCCCAGGGGCGGCACUGGGGCGCCCGAUGUGUGGGAGGGUCCCACAAGCAGCGAGGCCGCCCCGCUCACCCCGGGCAGGUGUCCCGCAUCCUGGUGAGGGGACGGCAGGUGGCUGCAGCUGCAGGGCCGGCGACCCCAAGGACAGCUGGCUGGGAUCCCCGCCGGCCACGUCUGAGAAACCCGGCAUUUUGCCAUUUUCAGCUUUUUGCCAAGUGUCAUGUGUUUGUCAAGAAGAUACAGAAAAGCUCACUUGGCAAUCGGGGUCCAUCCUGUCUGAGGGGCCAGCGCAGAGCCACUCGCUCACCCGCUCCUUCAUUCACUCACCCCUCCUUCAUUCAUUCAUCCACUCAUUCACUCACCCACUCCUUCAU